AUGAAUGCAGCCGAAUACCGACGAAAUUAUUUUGCGGUGUGUGCGAUCCUUUUGUUUCGCGUUGCCAGCAGUGUCAUGAUCAAAAUGGACGUCAAUGUGAUUUCUGGAACUGCCGAACCACAGGUGAAGCGCACGUCGUCUGGGGGUAGAGAAGAAGAAGAAGAAGAAGAAGAAGAAGAAGAAGAAAUGAUGAUGAUGAUGAUGAUGAUGAUGAUGAUGAUGAUGAUGAUGAUGAUCGAUGAUGAUGAUGAUGAUGAUGAUGAUGAUGAUGAUGAUGAUGAUGAUGAUGCUGAGGAUGAUGAUGGUGAGGAUGAUGAUGAUGAUGGUGGUGUUGAUUAUAUUUAUGAUCAAGAACAAGAAGACACACCGAUCACUGGAAUCAAGUGUUAG